AUGCAGAGGCUUAUCACUCAGGCCCUAAGGCUUACUAGAGAGCCUCAAACAGAUCAUAACCCAUUGGCAAGACCUGAUGGUGGAUGGUAUCCGGGUAAACAUUUUGACCCUACAGAUGUAUUGACUGACCCAAGGAAUUGGGCGGUGUGGAAACAGUUCAUUAUUUUCUUCGCCUCCAUUUUGUUCCUGCCAGUCGGAAUAUUCUUAGUUGUGGAAUAUGUGCUAAGGACCCACUUCCAAUUAGGUCUGAACAAGUCUACUACCGUAGGAGCGGUCUGCUCCAUGUUAGUUCUUCAGGCCUUGAUGUUUACAUACGCUCGACUGGCCGCAAUCGAGGACAAGGCUGAAUGGCAUAAAGGCUGCAAUGAAGAAAUCUCAGAUAAACUCGAGGACAAUGAGGCUAAGGGCAAGGAGGCUAAGGACAAGGAAGCUAAGGCCAUGGACAAAGAGGCUAAGGCUAAGGACAAUGAAAUUAGGGAUGAGGACCUUGGCGAUAAAGUUGUUCCCAGCGAAAAAGACAGCGAGAAGGGCAAGACCCAGUCUUCCAAGACGCCUGUGGGGAAAUCUCUUAGCCGAAAAAAAUCCAGGUCUAAGAGCGCCACGGAGGAAGAGGUCAUUGCUGGUAUCCAGCAACAACAUAAUGAGACUAGAACGCGGGUACGGAAGCCGAGACUUUAA